AUGUCGUCUUCAAACUUGUUACUCUUCUCUCUAGCUCUACUAAUCAUUCCACUCUUCCUCAAACCAAAUAUUGCUUAUGCUUCUUUGGAGGAAGCCAAUGCUCUUCUCAAAUGGAAAGAGAGCCUCGAAAUCCCAAACAACUCCUUGCUCUCUUCAUGGCUUCCUCUCCCUAUGAAAUCAAGUGCAUCAGUUCCAUGCACUUCUUGGUUUGGUGUAGUUUGCAAUAUUGAUUGGAGCAUUCAUAGGCUGAACCUCUGUUCAUCUGGCUUAAAAGGUACACUCCACCAAUUUCCAUUCUCUUUGCUACACAAUCUUACGUAUUUUGAUCUUGGUAUGAACAACUUCUUUGGCCCCAUUCCACCAGAAAUCAGACUCCUGUCCAAACUUGUGUACCUUGAUUUUUCAGAGAAUAAGUUUUCUGGAGUAAUCCCAUCUGAAAUAGGUAACUUGCAUCACCUAACCAUCUUUUACCUAGACUCAAACAAUAUAUCCGGCUCAAUUCCUUCAUCAUUGAGUGAUUUGAUAUCUUUGAAAGUUCUUUAUUUGGACCAAAAUCAACUCUCUGGUCCCAUUCCUAUUGAACUUGAGAAUUUGAAGCAUCUCACUGAUCUUGCGUUGAACACCAAUCAACUUAGUGGUUCAAUUCCUUCGUCAUUGGGUAAUAUGACAUCUUUGAAUUUCCUUUAUCUUUAUCAAAAUCAACUAUCUGGUCUCAUUCCUAUUGAACUUAAGAACUUGAAGUCUCUCACUGAACUUUCCAUAAGCUACAAUAAACUUAGUGGUUGUAUUCCCUCAUCUCUAGCAAACCUGAGUAACCUACAGCUUUUGUACCUAAGUAAGAAUAAAUUAUCUGGACCCAUUCCUAUUGAACUUGGGAAUUUGAAGUCUCUCAUUGACCUUCAGAUGAGCUACAAUAAACUUAGUGGUUCUAUUCCUUUAUCUCUAACAAACCUGAGUAACCUACAGAUAUUGUGCCUAAGUCAGAACAAAUUAUCUGGUCCCAUUUUUAUCCAACUUGGGAAUUUGAUUUCUCUCAUUGAUCUACAGUUGAGCCACAAUCAAAUUAGUGGUUCUAUUCCUUCAUCACUAGGAAACCUGAGCAACCUACAGACUCUGUACCUCGAUGAGAAUAAAUUAUCCGGCCCCAUUCCUACUGCACUUAGGAAUUUGAAGUCUCUCACUCAUCUUGAGGUGUACAACAACCAAAUUAGUGGUUCUAUUCCUUCAUCACUAGGAAACCUGAGCAACCUACAGAGUCUGCACCUCCAUGGCAACAAUUUAUCUGGGCCCAUUCCUUAUGAACUCGGGAAUUUGAAGUCUCUCACUCAUCUUCAGAUGGGCAACAAUCAACUUGGUGGUUCUAUUCCUUCCUCACUAGGAAACCUGAGCAAUGUACAUAUUUUGUACCUCUAUGAUAAUAUAUUAUCUGGUCCCAUUCCUACUGAACUUGGGAAUUUGAAUUAUGUCUCUGCUCUUGCUGUGGCGUCGAAUCAACUUAGUGGUUCUAUUCCUUCAUCACUAGCAAACCUGAGCAAUCUACAGAGUUUGCACCUCCAUGAGAAUAUGUUAUCAGGUUUCAUUCCAAAUGAGGUUGGAAAAUUGAAGUCUCUCACUAUUCUUGAGGUGGGCAACAAUCACCUUAGUGGUACUAUUCCUCCGGAGUUUGGAAAUUCAACUCAACUACAAAGGCUUGCUCUGUUUUCAAAUCAUUUGGUUGGUGAGAUCCCAAAGGAGUUUGGGAAGAUGAAAAGUAUGUUGUAUUUGUACUUGUGUGAUAACCAACUUUCAGGUAAUAUACCUCCGGAGCUCGGAUCUUUCAAUGAACUACUUGAACUCGAUCUAUCCACAAAUAGAUUGAAUGGGUUUAUACCAAGUAGUAUUGGUCAGUGGUCGCACAUUUAUGAACUAAAUCUUAGUAAUAACAAGAUCAGUGGAAAAAUUCCAUCUGAGAUUGGUAAAUUAGGUCAACUUAUAGAACUUGAUUUAUCUCAUAAUUUGCUCACGGGGGAGAUACCAUCUGAAGUUCAAAGUUUGAAAAAUUUGCAGAAUAUGGAUAUGUCUCACAACAGACUUUGUGGGUCUAUUCCUAAUGCUUUUACAAGCUUACCUAGCGGGAUUGAUAUCAAUCUAUCCUACAAUGAACUCACAGGUCGAGUUCCCCCUUGUACCAACUUCUUGAAUGCGUCCAUAAUAGGAAAUCCAGGUUUGUGUGGAAAUGUUACAGGAAUAAAAGUUUGUGCAAGUCAAAUUAUUAAGAAGAAGAAACAUCCCUUUCAGCAUAAGCUCAUCCUUGUAAUUAUAUUGCCUCUUAGUUGUGCAAUAUUACUUGGUUUAUUCAUGUGUGGCUUCAUUGCUUAUCUAAAACAAAAGAAAAAGUCUCCACAUAAACCAUUGGAAGAAGAAAGUGGUGAUUAUUUCUCCAUUACAAGUUUUGACGGAAAAGUAGCGUAUGAUGAUAUCAUGAAAGCAACAAACGAUUUUAAUGAAGCAUAUUGUAUUGGGACCGGAGGAUAUGGAAUUGUUUACAAAGCCGAGCUACAACCUAACAAUGUGGUAGCUGUCAAGAAACUUCACUCAUCAUCUGAGAAUGUUGAUCAUAAUGGAUUCCUUAAUGAGAUACGUGCAUUAACGAACAUAAGGCAUCGAAACAUAGUGAAACUCUAUGGAUAUUGCUCCCAUGCCCGCCACUCAUUUUUGAUUUACGAAUACCUUGAAAAGGGAAGCCUUGGAUCAAUCUUAAGAAGCGAUAUCUUAGCAAAAGAAUUGGAUUGGAUGAAAAGGGUCAAUAUUGUAAAGGGUGUAGCUAAUGGUUUGGCUUAUAUGCAUCACGAUUGCUCACCUCCUAUAAUUCAUAGAGACAUAUCCAUAGCCAACAUCCUUCUUGAUUCUGAUUAUGAGGCACAUAUUUCUGAUUUUGGCACGUCCAAGCUUUUAAAGCUAGACUCAUCCAAUUGGACCGCAAUUGCAGGCACCUAUGGUUAUAUCGCACCAGAGCUUGCUUAUACGAUGGUGGCAACCGAGAAAUAUGAUGUGUAUAGCUUUGGCAUCGUUUCACUUGAAGUGAUCAUGGGAAAGCAUCCUGGUGAACUACCAACAUUGUCUACUGAUUAUCUGGUGUUAGCAAAUGUUGGAGAUAGUCGUAUUCCACUUCCUUCACCACAAGUUGAGAAACAAGUUAAUUUAGUACUCAAUCUCUCAAGAUCAUGUUUGAACUCGAAUCUACAAGAAAGGCCAACAAUGCACCAAGUUUCAAAUCUGUUGAUGAAAUGUUAA